GUAGACAGUCGAUCCGCCUGGUCAGCUGGUUUUAACCCAUUCGCACAUUAUAUAGAUCUUCCUGAUGGUAAAUCGAUCGCGAGCGACUAGGUAGAUGCCCGGUGCCGAUCUUCCGGUGUCUACGAACCACCCCGCAAAUUAAAUUAAUUUAAGCAUCGGACAGAUUAUUGGCGGCCCGCGCGCCGCAUGUGCGCGAGUGUGCAGCAUCUUCACCGAAAACAUUCAUCGAUACGAUAUCAGAUAAUUUACAGCAGAAGAGACGGCGUUGAAGAAGAAAGAAGAGGGUAGCAGCUCGGGAAGGAGAUUGCGCGCGCGCAAUCAGACAGGAAAUGACUAUAUCGUACGCGAGCGAAGUGCCGAACGGCUCCAGCUUUGGCUGCUUCUGGAGGAUUCUGAUCAAAUGGCGUGGCUCCGUUUACAAGCUAAUCUGGCGAGAACUACUGGCAUACCUAUUCUUCUACUACCUCAUCAAUUUUACAUAUCGAUACGUGCUGAAUGAGCACCAACGACAGAUUUUCGAAAAAAUACGUUAUUACUUCGGCAACUCCAGCGAAUCCAUACCCAUGUCGUUCGUCCUGGGAUUCUACGUAAGCCUUGUUGUGAAAAGAUGGUGGGAGCAGUACAAGCUCUUGCCCUGGCCGGAUAAUCUGGCCCUCUUCAUCAGCGCUGCCAUUCCUGGAAACGACGAACGGGGGCGAUUGAUGAGACGCAACAUCGUGAGGUAUGCCGUGCUCGCGUACGUCAUUACGCUGCAAAGGAUUUCGCUCCGCGUUAAGAGGCGUUUCCCGACUCUUCAGCAUAUGGUGGAUGUAGGUCUGAUGAUGGAAUCGGAGAAGAAAAUCUUUGAGAUGAUGAACAAGAAGGCGGCCAUGUCUAAGUAUUGGAUGCCGUUGGUUUGGGCGACCAAUAUCAUUAACAGGGCGAGAAAAGAAGCCCUGAUUACAAGCGAUCAAGUGGUGCAAGUCCUUCUUGUCGAGCUCAGCGACAUCCGGAAGAGGCUUGGUGCAUUGAUUGGUUACGAUACUGUCUGUGUUCCUCUAGUCUACACUCAGGUGGUAACACUAUCGCUAUACGCCUACUUUUUCUCGGCCUUACUCGGCAGACAAUUCGUCGAACGUUCCAAUGGCACCGGAAAGUAUGAGGAUCCGGACAUGUAUUUCCCGUUUUUCACAGCGCUGCAGUUUUGUUUUUACAUCGGAUGGCUAAAAGUCGCCGAGGUGCUGAUUAAUCCGUUCGGCGAGGAUGACGACGACAUCGAGCUGAAUUGGUUGAUAGACAGACAUAUCAAGGCAGGUUACAUGAUCGUCGAUGAGAUGCACGAGGAACAUCCGGAACUCUUGAAAGAUCAAUACUGGGACGAAGUUGUACCCAAGGACUUGCCGUACACAGUCGCCAGCGAGCAAUAUCGAAAAGAGGAGCCGAAAGGCUCUGCGGAGCAUUACAAAGUAAAAGAUAGCGACGCUCUUUACGCAAACGUGAUGCUGGGCACACAGAUUCACAGUCACGGUCAAAAUCGUAAAACUCAUCAAGAUGAUGUGUAUGCCGAUUACGAGAGCGUGGACACUCCGUUGGUGGAACGGAAGAAGAAUGGUUGGUUCCAACGACAGAUCACCCGAGUGGGUUCGGUUCGUAGUUCCUCGACUACGUAUAGCAGCGGUGGUGGUUUCUUCUCACGAAACCGUCACAAUAGUGUAUACAGCAGCCCUGAGACUGGCGGUCUUCCGCAAACAAACAAUCCCAAUCUCAAAAUGUCGCUCUACGAUCGUCUCGUCGGGCGAAAGAGCGUCCGGAGCCAGCGCAUGGGUCGCCAAGGUACCAUGACGAAGCUGAACUCGGUGCCGGUAUCCCUGAAGAACAGGCCGCGCAUACCAACUCCGGAUGUGACGAAGGAGGUGAUCGACCGUGAACAGAGGUUGGCUUUGUCCGCCACCAACGCGGCGAACAUCGGCGCGGGUGUGGUGGGCGUGAUACCAGCGAACGGUCACUAUCCAACUGAUCUGUCGGUGGUGGUGCUGUCGCCGAUACAGGAAACCGAAAGCACGCCCGCUUCAGGGAAAUCCGGAGCGGCGGCCUUGGCGCAGGCCGUGCUCUCGCCGACGUUGACCAGCGCCGGUCUGAUGACACCGGUGACCUUAACACCGGUCACCAUGGGCCAUCUGACGCAAUUGGGUCUGAUGACGACGGCGACAACCACGACGCCGCAUAUUAACAAUCAGGGCAACAGCGUCGUCCAGGCGACGUUAACGGAGGUCACAAGCGAGGAGGAAGGUAGCGGGAGCGGUAGCAGCAGAAGCGGAAGUAUUACCGGCCAAGAGGAUCGUUCGACGCCGUUGAUCGACAACAACAACAGUCCGAUGGGUAGCAACGGCAGCUCGCCCAUUUUUGACGGCUACAACGAUCGCUCGCCGAUCUUGAUGAGACCCGAGAAACUAGGCUACGUGGUCACCGCCGCUGUGCCCGGAACUCAAGCUAACAGGGCGGUAGUGACAGACGCGCGAGGUAGACGAUCGGCCUCGCUGCCCGGUCCGCCACUACCACUGACCCAGGCAGGUCGAGACGACAGAAGCAUGUCGUUGCCGCAAUCUCCAGGAUUGCAGCCGAGGGAAAUUCGCAUGAUCUCCGUGCCGAACAGGCAGGACGGUUUUAGCGUGUCCAGUAAUCAAGGUAUUCGAUCGAGGACCAGCAGCUUCGGUCAUGAUCUCUCCAGGUCCAAUCAGAGUGUCCAGGAUCCGUCGAGAAAAAUCAGUAGCGUCUCGUGCACAAACGCGUCGCUUUCGAGCAGCUUAGGCUCGACGUCCCCAACAUCGUCUACGAGCGUGUCCACCACGACGACUGUCGCCGGUAGCAAGAGGGGCGAAGUUUACGUUUGAUGGAGGAAAUCAAUAACGCGGACUUUACUUGUUCUAAUUAGUGAAUACAACGUCCUGUUGACGUUUCCUGAGAUUCAUCUUCAUCCCUUCCCUUAUUGUAAUGUGGCAGAUUUAUUCAUUCCUCGUCUAGAUUUUUUAUCGACGAGAUUACUAAUGUCUGAAUUUCCUUAACGAUAUAUCUCGUUUCCUUUCAUAGACCUUCCAAAUUGUCAAGUAUAGCGCGAGGUAUAAAGAAAAUUAUAUUUUAUCUUAGAAUUUUUUAUUUAGAACUUUUCUUUACGGCGAUUCUCCUGAUGAAAUAUGAGUUCCCAAAACGCGGGUUGCCAUUUAUUUCAUAUUUAUUUAUCUUUUAUUCACAAUCUUCAAUUCUCCAAUCUCUUAUAAAACUGAAAUAUACAUGGGAUGGGGAUCGAACUCGGAGAAUCCGUCGGCUACGAGUCGACCACUCUCAAACAUCAAACAUCACCCUGAAUUUUCCUUUAGGAUUCUUUAAUUAUAUUAUUAUAACAUCUUAUUUGUUUCUAGAAAAAACGCGAUUACUCUUGAUAAAUACAAGAGAUAGCGCACGCUCUUCUAUUUUCUAUAGUUUUAUUAUUUAUGUUAAUUUUGUUCUUUUUACGUGUCUUUUAAAAUAUUUUGUACUUCAGAUAAAAAGAUGUAACAAAGUAUACCAAACGAUUUAUUAUAAAUUGAUCGCACUUACUAUGUUACAUUUUUAGCGAUCAACGAAGGGGAAUAAUUAUAGUAUGUUUCACUACUAUAUUGUAAAUAGUAAUUUAUACAUUAAAGAUUCUAUAUGACGAUCAAUCUUUUAGGAGAAUAUAUUUAAAAUAUAUAUUUUAUAUAUGUAAAUUUUCUGCCUUUCUCUCUCUCUCUCUCUCUCUCUCUCUCUCUCUCUCUGUCUCUCUCUCUCGACCUAAGUAAAAAAAAAACGAUUGAUUCUCGUGAAAUGCAUCGAAGAAAUCAAAUAACUUAUUGCCAAUCGAUUAUCGAUCAUUUUCACUCGCAAUGAAAGAAAGUUAUAAGUAUAAUUUGAAGUGGGGAAUAUUGGAAAGAUUUUUUUGUCGUGCAAUAAUGUAAUACUGUAAGAAAGCCUUAAUCAAUUAAUAUUAAAAUGCACACUGUUGCUACACUAGUUAAUUUGUAAUUUUUAUUCAUAUAAUAUAAUUUCAUCACGAAUUCGUUCGUUCGCAUACGUCAUGAUAUUGUGAUACCAUUUUUUUAUAGAUAUCUAAUAUGAUAGGAUAUCUGUAACGUUACGACAAUCGUGGAUUAGUAAUGCGAGAGAAAUCAAAUCUAUUAGUAAUGUAAUAUUCAUACGCUUUGUACAUAGCUAAAAUUUUUUGUCUUUCCUUUUAUCAUUUUAUUUCCAACACGUUCCAUAAUUACCAUAGAUUCUAUUGGUGCAAAAUGUUCGUUCUUCACGUCGAAUAUCUGAUGGCAGUAUGCAUUCGUGUAUAUACACCAUAUAUCGGCAUUUUAUUUGUCAUUUUUGCACAUCUAUCAUCUAACUGAUGUUAUUAAAAUAUUUAUCAAAUAUUUUU